CUCCCGCCGGACUUGGCUCUGCGUCCCAGCGCACACCCGCCCCUCCCGCGGGGCCACCGUCCUCAUGGCCUUGCUGUAUCUGACCACGCUGCUGGCGACCGUCUCCUGUGCGCUGCCCGCGGACCGAGAGCUUAGCCCACCCAUUCAGAACUUAAGGAUCGAUCGGGGACAGAAAAGGCUGACGUGGGACGUCCAUGGAAACAUUUCCAGCAUCGAGUGCUUCCGCGAUGCCCACGGCCCCAGAACGGCAAAAAAGAAUCAUUAUUGUACAGUGCAUGUCAUUCCAAAAUGUCAAGUACAGAACUACACUGUCAAAGUCACGGAGGUCAAUGGGGAAUCCUUUUCCACGUGGAUUCAGUAUCCCAGGCCAGAAGGGAACCCGAAGGCGGCCGCUGAGCACCUGAAGUGUCGUGUCCAUGACGUGCACUUCCUGACGUGCAGUUGGGCGGUGGGCAAGGAGGCCCCCCAUGACGUCCAGUAUGACUUCUACGUAGAGGAGGUGAGUACCGGCAAGAGGUGGCCGUGUCCACUCUACACCAAACAAGAGCGGGGGACGCACAUCCAGUGCCAGUUCGAUAACGUCUCUCAGUUUCUCGCCAAGAACAAUGACGAAAACCUCAUGUACCAUUUCGUGGUGAAUGGCACCAGCAAAGCCUCCAGCAUACCCUGCUCUGAAACGAUCAGACAAUUAUCAGAAAUUGAGGAACUCAUGGUACCCAAGCUGACCGUGAACUGUACUCAGUCCUGGGCUCUCCUGCGGUGGGACAUGGCCAGCCACUUCCAACCGUCGUUGCACUACGAACUGAAAAUACAAAAGGGUGCAGAUCCCGCCUUCACAGAGAACGUCUCCCUCCCGUCCUGGAGGCUGACCAACCCGGGAACCUUCACGGCGACCGUCCGAGUCAGGGGCAGGCCGUGGAGCACCCCCCAGCGCUUCGUCUGCGACCAUAAGAACAGGUCUCACCUCCACGUCUGGAUGAUCGCGCUGGCCACGCUGCUGGCCGUGGGGGCCGCGGUCGUGCUCUGCAAAAAGUACUCGGUGCCGCACACACUCUUCCCUCCCAUCCCGCGCGUGAAAGACCCCCUCGGAGACACCUCUGCGCACGACAAGAUGGUGGCCUGGAAGGCCAGCGGACCCCCCCCAGAGGACUGUCCAGUGGCCGAGGUGCAGCUCGUGAAGGGCACAUGA